CCCUUCAUCGCAUUGACUCGUCUCCAGCUCUAGAACACCAUCACAGGCUGACACCGUCACUGGCUGAUACGGGUCGGGUGUCUGGUGUCUAACAGUCAUACACUAAUUUAUGAUGAGCAGGGAACAGUAACACGUGUGAUGAUCUGUAAAAUUAACGGGGAACAAUUAUUACUCGGAACCGGAACUACAUUCCUGUUUCUACUGUUCACAGUUUCUCUUCGGAGCCAUAAUAAGGUAACACGCGGACUUUGUAACAGGGAAGAGAGAAAGAUGGCCAAAGCAGCGUUGGUGUUGUGCAUGGAUGUUGGGUUCUCCAUGUCCAACUCGGCCCCGGGUGAAGAGUCUCCUUUUGAACUUGCCAAAAAAGUCAUCCAGAAGUUUGUCCAGCGCCAGGUUUUUGCAGAAACCAAAGAUGAACUGGCUGUAGUCCUGUUUGGCACAGGCUCCACCAAGAACUCCCUGGACCAGGACGGCCAGUACCAGAACAUCACCGUGCAUCGUCCUCUCAUGGUGCCCGAUUUUCAGCUUCUUGAGGAAAUCGAGAAUCAGAUCCAUCCAGAGAAUCAGCAGGUCGAUUGGCUGGAUGCGCUUGUUGUGUGCAUGGAUCUCCUUAAGACAGGAACACAGGGGAAGAAGUGUGAUCGUGUCAACAUUUCCCUCCUGACUGACCUCAACACUCCGGCCAACUCGGAGCAGCUAGACGUUAUCAUUGAAAACCUGAAAAAAGCUAACAUCACCCUGCAGUUUUUCUUGCCUUUCCCCGUGGAGGAUGAUGAAGAGGAUGGAGGAGAUGCGGACAGAAGAAGCCCUGGUCCCCGAGGAACAGGCAAAGGUCUGUCGAGGGAACAGCAGAGCGGCCUCGACAUGGUGAAACACGUCAUGCUGACCCUCAACGAGGAGGACGGCCUGGAUGAAAUCUACUCCUUCAGGAAGGCGAUUGAGCAGCUGUGCAUGUUUAAGUGCAUCGAGAAGAGGCCCACGGCCUGGCCCUGUCUGCUGACCAUCGGCAGCUGUCUGCCCAUCCGCAUUGUUGGAUACAAAGCAGUGACCGAGGAGAGACUCAAGAAAACGUGGACGACAGUUGAUGCUCAAUCACACCAGAAAGACGACGUGAAGAGAGAGACCGUCUACUGUCUGGAUGAUGACAACGAGACAGAGGUGCAAAAGGACGAUACCAUCCAAGGUUUCCGUUACGGAAGUGAUAUCGUUCCCUUCUCCAAAGUAGAUCAAGAACAGAUGAAAUACAAGCACGACGGGAAGUGCUUUGCUGUCCUUGGCUUCACCAAACAGAACUUGGUACGCCGCCAUCACUUCAUGGGGAAUCAAGUCUUGAAGGUGUUUCCUGCCAAGGAAGACGAGCAUGCCGGAAUUGCGCUGUCCGCUCUCAUCCGGGCGUUAGACGGACUCAACAUGGCGGCCAUCGUACGCUACGCCUAUAACAGCAUCAGCAGCCCUCAAGUAGGAGCAGCCUUCCCCUGCAUCAAGAAGGACUAUGAGUGUCUGAUCUACGUCCAGCUGCCCUUCACGGAAGACCUGAGGCAGUUUGCAUUUCCUUCUCUCGAAAACAACAAAAAGUUCACUCCGUCCGAGAACCAGCUGUCUGCCGUGGACUCUCUCAUUGACUCCAUGAUGCUGGUAGAGGAGGACGACGAUAACGGAGGCCAAAAGGACAUGUUUAAGGUCCACCACAUUCCCAACCCUGCCUUCCAGAGGCACUUCCAGUGUCUGCACCACCGGGCCGUGAGCCCCGGCGCCCCUCUUCCCCCCAUGGAGCCCUGGCUGAAGGCUGCGCUGGAACGCCCGGGUGUCAUUACUGAACGUUGCCGUUGUCCACUCGAGGAGGUGAAGAAGAAGUUUCCUCUCACGGAAGUGGAGAAGAAAAAGAAGCUGAAAACCAGUGCACAGAUUUUUGGCAUAGACUCUGGGGAGCCAGCUGCCAAAAAGGCAAAAAGAGACGAAGAGGAGGAGGAGGAGGACUACAACUUUGCGGACAUUUCCGAAGGGUCUGUUACUUCGGUGGGAAGCGUGAAUCCAGCCAGGGACUUCAGGUUGUUGAUCAAGAAGAAGAGUCUACCAUUCGGAGACGUCUGUCAGCAACUGACUCGGAGGAUAGAGCAGUUGCUUGGCAACAAGAACACACCGUACUACAUGAAAAGCAUCACCUGUAUCCAGGCCUUUAGAGAGCAGUCUGUUAAGCUGGAGGAGGCCAAUCUGUACAACGGCUACCUCCAGUCCCUAAAGAGAAGCAUCCCAAACAGAGGGCUGGAGGUCUUCUGGGACCUGCUGGUUCAAGACGCUAUAACUCUGAUCAGUAAGGACGAGGUUGAAGGAAGCACUGUAUCCAAAACCGAUGCUGAUCAGUUUCUGGUUUCUGAGGAGGAGAAGAAGGAGGAGGCGGCCGCUCUGCCAGCUGAAGAUACCGGAGAUGUUGAUGACUUGCUGGACAUGAUGUAACUGUGGAAGCAAUGGGAGCGUCUGCAGAGGGACGAGAAGAAUGCAAUCAUUCAGCUCGACCAGACCAAAACACAUUCAGCGUCCAUUGUUCUGCCUCCCGCUUUAGGACCCUUGAUACUGCAACACUGAGGAGCUGCUACAUUUGGAAUAAAACAAUGUUUGACUUCACUAAUGCCUGUACCAACGUUGUAUGAAAUACUUUUCUUACGUAUUGUAUGUUGAGGGCUUU